GGCGCAAUUCUGCGGUAGGGCAACCGACAUAAAAGCAUUACAAGGAAGAGGUAGAAAAAAAACGAAACCUGUUGUUUAUGGAUUGUUAACACUAACGCGAAUAAAAUUAUGAGCUUUCUUGAUUUUAACUCGAUGUUACUUGACAUAUCAAACAAGUUGUCUUCUAAGGAACUGGAGGAAAUGAAAUUUCUAUGUCGAGAGAUAAUCGGGAAGAAAAACAUGGAACAAAUCAACAGCGCACUGAACUUGUUCCAGUUUCUCUCUGAGAGAGGGAAACUGGCGGCAGACAGAACCGAAUUCUUGUCCAAGCUGUUAAAAGAUAUUCAGCGACCGGGUCUCUCAGAAAUAGUCGAGAAUUUUCAAGGAAAACCGGACGAUCAGUUGGAGCCAACGGAAAGAGAUCGACUUAAUAUUGCCACAGAGGUGAUUGCAGAAAACCUUUCAAAGAAUUGGCGUAAACUAGGCCGCAAACUUGGUCUGAGUGAAGUCAAGCUGGAGUCCAUCUCAAAGAGGCACCCGACAGAUAUAGAAGAGACCGUGGUGGAGAUGUUAAAGGAGUGGAGGAUACAUCGAGGGGCUGAGGCCCGAACAAUAGAUCUUCUGGAAGCUCUAAGAGCCUGUCAGUACAAUCUGACAGCUGACAAAGUAGAGGAAAAACUGGCGCAGGCUGAUGUUGAUGGACAGUGACAGAUCAAAUUGGGGCUUACAUUUGCUGUCAAAAUUAUAUUAAAGUUAUGAAGGCAAACAUUAACGUUCUUUGUGUACACAUUAUGAACCAGAGAAAAGAUAAUUCUUAAUGACCACCAAUUUAACCAUGUAGUAGCAGUAUCUCUUGUUAAACCAGGUAGUCUCUUUGAAUUAAUUUGAAAUCAAUUUUAAUAACAAUAUAUUUUGUUUUUAAGUGUAAAAAGUGGUUCAGUUUAGAGGAGGAGGGUAUCAAGACUAGAGCAAGACUAACUUUUUUUUAAUUUUGUUUCUAAGUUGUGUAUGUGUUUUAUUAUAUGGCAACCAUCAAAUAAGCGAUCCGUGAAUAGUAAUUAAACAGUACUUACUUAGUGUCCUUUAAACCCAUACUUCUAAAGUAGGCAUCGGCAACUUAUCCAGCCCGUCUAGCAUCAGUCCCAAAGUUGUCCAUCUUAUGGUUAUGAACUAAUUUCAAUUUACAUUUGCUGGAUGAUGGCCGAACUCUCUAUCUUAGAGAUCUCCAGUGCUGGGAUCUUUCCGAAAA